GGGAGACCGCGUGGAGCGCAAGACAGUUCCCAGGGCAUCGCGGCGUCCCUGGCAGCGCUUGGCUGUUGCAGGGCUGUGAGCCGGAGAACAACGCUUCGGGGCGCCUGUGCGUGCGCGCGUGCGGGACCUUGGUUGGCCUCAGACCUCAAGGGUCUUGUCCGGGGGCGGUUCCUGAUCCCCCAUAUAGUGCCCGCUAACUUUGAAAAGGAGGACUUAUGUCCUGCAAAGGUUGAGACAUAAGGGGUAGGGAAGGAAAAGAGGAGAGAAAACGCAACAGAGGCCGAAGGAGAAGGAACUAAUGUGGACCUCCUGAGCAGCUGGGAGGAGGACUGGACCGCGGAGAACCGGGCGGGACCUCGGAGGUGCGGGGCAAGGAGCAACGGAAGCGGUGCGGGCCGUGGCGCUGGGGCUUCUUGCACCUCGGGUCACGCCUCCUUGGCAAGAAGGCGCCUCGCCUUUGAUUGCUUCCAGUUACUGCAGAACUUCCUGUCCUGGCGGAGAAGCAGGUCUUGCUUGGGUCGCGCUCCCUCCCGGUCUGAGGCGUGAGACUGAGUUCACACGGUGCUGGGCCCCCAAAGCCAAGUGGGGUUGGGGGAAACAGAGUCUGCGAGUCCCGGCGCCCCGCGCGUAGGACCCCGUGUUGGGGUCCUCCCUCCCUCUGUACCCGCACCCUUGCGGGCUUUGCCCCUUCCUGGGGACCCCUCGCCAGGCGAUGGCCGCGUUGAUGCGGGGCAAGGACUCCUCCCGCUGCCUGCUCCUACUGGCCGCGGUGCUGAUGGUGGAGAGCUCCCAGUUCGGCAGCUCGCGGGCCAAACUCAACUCCAUCAAGUCCUCUCUGGGCGGGGAGACGCCAGCCCAGGCCGCCAAUCGAUCUGCGGGCACAUACCAAGGACUGGCUUUCGGCGGCAGUAAGAAGGGCAAAAACCUGGGGCAGGCCUACCCUUGUAGCAGUGAUAAGGAAUGUGAAGUUGGAAGAUACUGCCACAGUCCCCACCAAGGAUCUUCGGCCUGCAUGGUGUGUCGAAGGAAAAAGAAGCGCUGCCAUAGAGAUGGCAUGUGUUGUCCUGGCACCCGCUGCAAUAAUGGCAUCUGUAUCCCCGUCACUGAGAGCAUCUUAACUGCUCACAUCCCAGCUCUGGACGGCACUCGGCACAGAGAUGGAAACCACGGUCACUACUCAAACCACGACUUGGGAUGGCAGAAUCUAGGAAGAACACACACUAAGAUGUCACAUAUAAAAGGGCAUGAAGGAGACCCCUGUCUACGAUCAUCAGACUGCAUUGAAGGGUUUUGCUGUGCUCGUCACUUCUGGACCAAAAUCUGCAAACCAGUGCUCCACCAGGGAGAAGUCUGUACCAAGCAACGCAAGAAGGGCUCUCACGGGCUGGAAAUCUUCCAGCGGUGUGACUGCGCAAAAGGCCUUUCUUGUAAAGUAUGGAAAGAUGCCACCUACUCCUCCAAAGCCAGACUCCACGUGUGCCAGAAAAUAUGACCACCUCUGAGGGAAGAAAAGCAUCACUAGCAGACUGUGAAUCUGUGUAUUUAAUACAGUAUAGCAUGGGGGAAAACAGGAUUUGGAUUUCAGAAGGGCUAAAAUGAGGAAUGUCAUAAGAACAUAGAUCACAGAAAGAGAAAGAAAAUGGAGCAGAUUAGAAAGGGUGACGAGUGUGGUACAAUCAGUGUGUUUCCACCAUGCACCUUGUUUAUGUAAAUAAUGUAUACAUUUGUGAAAAUGCUAUGACUCAAAAAAAAAAAAAAAAAACAGUGAAAUUACUAACGAAUACCAUGUGACUUUCCAGCAGUUUAGGCUGUGCUAGAGGAUCAGGUUCCUUCACAUUGGUGAUUGAUUGCCUAUAAAAAUAACCUAAAAGCCAUAUUUCUCUUUAAAGUUAUACUUUAACAACAAAAUACUCCCCAUAUAUCCUGGCAUACAAUAGACUCUAAAACAUGAAAAGAGGAGUUAAAUAGGAAACGAAAGCGUGGAGCAGAGUUAAUUUGCAACACGGAAUCACCUUUUAAUUUGGAACACUACUUCUUACCACUCAAUUAAAGACCUUUGUAGAUGAUAAGAAAAAAAGCAGUCGAUAUUUUCCAAAUAAUAUCAAAAUAAUCACAGGUCUUUUGUCUAGUCCUUCAG